AUGCAGCGCGUAGACGGCCACUGUCAGACACCACUGCAGCUGGCCCGUGUAGAUGAGCGCAUCGAUCCAAACUUUGAUGACAGCAUCACAGUGGAAGUCAUCGAGCGUGGAAGCGCUGUGCACUGUGUCUCUGCCUACGAGGGUGACGUUGUGCUCGUCGGCUCCGACGGCGUGUUUGAUAAUUUGUUUCUAGCUUCUCGGAUGACCAUGCCCAGUUGA